AUGCCGGGGUUUUUCAGUGAUGUGCCGUUGGGAAUAAGUGAUGGAGGGAUGGAGUACGCCGACCAGUCCGGGAUCAUCCCCUAUUUUGCCGAAUUGGCGGCCUGCGAGGCGGAAUGUGCUCUAUGGAUCUCGCGAUGUGUCCCCUCAACGGUGCCCUCAGGCUUUAUUUGCCAAUUAAAUAUACUCGUCUUCCUCGUCGUCAUCUUUCUUGCUGUUUUUACAGGAGUCGUGGUGCCGAUCACGUGUCUAUUCUGCUUCGUAUUUGGGGUCCCGCGACGACUUCGAAGUUGGCUGUGUUCCGGUGGUGAUGGACGGAAUGAGGAUGAGGCCAAGCUGAACCCGAAUCGAAGUGGAUUUCUAUCACUGCCGCCGGUGAUCUCCGAUUCGGAUACUCCGACUCCAGUUGUCGUCAUACCGAGGGUGCGAAAAAGCGAGCAUUCCAUCCCGCUGCACCCACCCAAGCGUUAUCAGAAACGAAUCCACUGGAAAUCGGCCGGCUCCAUCUCA